GGCGUUUAUUUUGUAGCUGGCGAUGGCGAUAUGGCGGAUGUGGUGGCUUGGCGCCCCGCUUGCAGCAGCGUGGGAUGCAGCCUUGCAGUUGCACGGGAACUGGCUUCCCAGUGCUUCCGGGCGACGGACGAUCUGAGGAGAUUUGAGGAGAUUUGAGGCGGGGGCAAUGGGAAAGCAGGAAUCAGUGAUGCUGAUGGGAUACGGCCGUCAGACGGAGCAGCGGCGACAACCACGACCAGGAAGGGGAAGACGGCGUUGCUUGACAGCGGGGAAAUUGAUCGAAUCACCCCGCGGCGGAAUUGAAACGAGUGAGGCUGAGGGGUGCAGCGAUAUGGACAAGGCCCAGUCGAGGCAGUGGCGGGCGGCAAUUGAGGCCCUUAAUACCAGGACUCGUGGUGGCGCGAGGGAGCUAGAAAUGGUUACUAGAGUACCAAAGCACGACAGGAAGAAGGAAGCAAAAGUCAGGCCAACACGGGCCGGGCGGGUGUUUGAGGCCCAGAAGGGCGGCGGGCUGAUGCUUGCAAGCAGAGCGAGCGAGGGUAGUGCGUGCAAGCAGCGGUCUGUUCCUCUCGUAGUUAGUCGGAUCCAACGUCACGGCGGCGAGGCAACGGGCUGGUGGCUAGGCGGCCCAAAGCGGCGUCGACAGAGGGCAGCGUGGGAGGCGACAGCGACAGCGACGGCGACGGCGACGGCGGCAGAGGACAAGCAGGGUGUAGCAGUGAGACGGACGUGGGUCACGGGGCGACGGUGACGGUGAAGGUGAAUGGCGAAUAGCGAGGUCAAGGACGAGCAGCAGUAGCAGCAGCAGUAGCAGUAGCAGAGGAGGGAGGGGAAUAGGCGGGCAUGCAGGACGACGGGUGCAUCUACUACUAGUACUCAGUAGUCGUACCAGAAACAGCGACAACAGCACAGGCACAGUGCAGGCAGAGAGGCAAAGAAAGGCA